AUGAACGCCACUAUGCCAGGAUACGAAGCUGAGGAAACCAUCAAGCGUAUUAAAAGCCACAAGGGCGUGCAGGCCGUGCUUAUUGUGAACAAGGAGGGAGUGCCCAUUUACUCGACCACGAGUGAUGAGGCAUUUGCCAUAGAUCAUGCGGCGCUCGUCUCCCAGUUGACUACUAAGGCAAAGUCUACGAUUCAGACUCUCGAUCCAACUGACGAUAUGACGUUUUUACGCAUUCGUUCCAAGAAGCACGAGAUUAUGAUUGCACCGGACAAGGAAUACGCACUCAUUGUGAUCAAGACUAUAAAUCCACACGCAGAGCUCGAUAGCAACAAUGAAGCACCAAGUCUAUACUAG